AUGAUAGGAAACGUGAUCCGUGGUGUGAAGGAUUGUUCCCACCUUUUUUCCAACGAAGCGGGCUCCGUCCGUUUCGACGCUGUCGCCCAUAUGGCAGCACGUGUGUUGAGCGACAUCAGUGGCGAAUUCUCAUCCAUUCCUGUGCGGAAUAUCCGCGAUCCGCCCCUGUGGAGGAAUGAUCAUGGCAGUGAAAGAGUGCCGUUGGUGAAAUCAGAUAGUUUUGUCCCCUUGAACAACUAUUAUACGUUUCCCACGACUGCGGGCACUUCGGAAAGUAAAGAUGAAGAAGAGUCGCUGUCGAGUCGGGAUUCGAGUGCCGAUGACGAGUGGCUUGAGGAACAUUUCAUACCGAGAAAGUCGGUCCGAUCGAGACGGCAUCAUCAUGAGCCGCGACUGUCGGAUCCAGAAAUCGCGGAAAUGCGUCUUGAACCCUGGGGAUUUAAAGAAUGGGCAGUCUUUGUCAGGACGUGGAUUCGAAUUGCUGUGAUGGCGACCAUUUGCUGCAUGGAUGUCGUGCUGUUGAGCAUGAUUGCUGAAAAGAAGUACCAGUUGCACCUGACGUCCGUCCCGCCCAAUGAAAUUGAGCAGGAGGUGCCACUCGAGUUGCUGGGAAGUAAAUCCAGUGUGAAUUUUCAAACCCUGAAAGUCAUCUUCUCUGGACCGUUUUUGCCGGACCAGUACAGGAACCUUUCGCGGUACACUUUGAAUUCCUCACUGAUUGUCCGCAUGAUGCCUUGGGACGAUCCGAUGGCCGAUGUUGUAGAUCUGACUACCGAGGAGAUUUCAAUUGGUCUUCUUCCGUACAAAUACCUCGUGGGAACGGAUAAUAGUGUCGUCACGCAUACUUUCGAGCAGGGACAUCUACUUCCUGCAUGCUUGAAAAUGAGGUGUGAACGGUUCAUCCGGCUGAGUUCAAAUUUGAAUGGUCCACUACCCGUCGGCCUCGCAUUGCUGGCGUAUAGAACUACGGCAGACGAAAACCUGAUCUUCGCGGGAUUGAUUUUGGCCGGCCUGUACUUGCUCAUCUCAUUCGAGAUUGUUCAUCGGACGCUUGCUACCAUGAUUGUUGCCACGACUGGCGUGUGUGUGUUGGCGUAUAUUGACGAGAGACCAUCUAUGAGUCAAUUGGCAACUUGGAUGGAUGUAGAAACCCUCUCUUUGCUGUUUGGUAUGAUGGUAGUUGUUUCCGUGCUCAGCGAAACCGGACUUUUCGAUUGGUUCGCCGUCCGCGCAUAUAAGACAACCGAGGAGAUUUCAAUUGGUCUUCUUCCGUACAAAUACCUCGUGGGAACGGAUAAUAGUGUCGUCACGCAUACUUUCGAGCAGGGACAUCUACUUCCUGCAUGCUUGAAAAUGAGGUGUGAACGAUUCAUCCGGCUGAGUUCAAAUCUGAAUGGUCCACUACCCGUCGGCCUCGCAUUGCUGGCGUAUAGAACUACGGCAGACGAAAACCUGAUCUUCGCGGGAUUGAUUUUGGCCGGCCUGUACUUGCUCAUCUCAUUCGAGAUUGUUCAUCGGACGCUUGCUACCAUGAUUGUUGCCACGACUGGCGUGUGUGUGUUGGCGUAUAUUGACGAGCUCGCCAAAGGAGCAGCUUGGAACGUGGUGACGAUCUUGCUGGCCACCGUUGCCGUCACUUCCGCAUUCCUCGACAAUGUGACGACGAUUUUACUCAUGACGCCGAUUACUAUCCGGUUGUGCGAAGUCAUGGAGCUGGAGCCAAUCCCAGUGCUGCUGCUCAUGAUCAUGUACUCGAACAUCGGAGGUACUGCGACUGCAAUCGGGGAUCCACCGAACGUACUUAUUGUAUCGGACAAGAAAAUGCAAGAAGGCGGGAUUCAUUUUGGCAAUUUCACGCUCCAUAUGUUGUUUGGAGUGCUCUUUGUGACGGUUGGCGUUCAUUGCUUUGUGAGGUAUUACCUGUUCAAAGAGCUGCAUGUGGUGAAAAGAACUGAAUCGGAGGAAACCGAAGUCGACCUAGAGAGAGAAAUAUGGAUGUGGCAGCGAGCGGAAUCGAGUUUCUCUCCGUAUUCAAGACAAGAACUGUUUGUCCGGAAAAUGCUAGACAAGAAAGUUCGCCGAUUGAAGCGCCGUCUGACGAAACGCAAGAGGCCAGCUUCAUCGCAUAGAAUUCAAGAACCAGCUGAUGCCAAGUUCCAGAUGAAUCUGCGUAAGCUCGAGGAGAAGUACAAAAUUCGAGACUGGGUUUUGUUGUUCAAGAGCUUGAUUGUGUUGACGUUGAUGAUGAUCGGGUUUUUCGCACAAGCCGUUGAAGGCCUGCAAAUCAGUCUGGGAUGGGUUGCCGUCCUCGGGGCUCUCACUCUUCUUGCCGUCACAGAUGGCUUGGAUGUUGAAGCUGUCCUGGCUCGUGUUGAAUGGACAACGCUUCUCUUCUUCGGUUCUCUUUUCAUCAUCAUGGAGACAUUGAAGCGCCUGGGAUUCCUCGAUUACAUUGGACUGCAGAUAGAAAACGUGAUACUCACAGUUUCGCCGGAUUAUCGACUCCUCGCUGCCGUGUCUUUAGUUAUAUGGACGAGUGCUUUCGCGUCCAGCUUAAUUGACAACAUCCCGUUUACAGCCAUGAUGAUCGGCAUCGUGACGAGAUUGGCGUCGAGUUCUGGGCUCAACUUGCCACUCGAGCCGCUUGUGUGGGCACUGUCUUUCGGCGCGUGUUUGGGAGGAAAUGGGACUUUGAUCGGAGCAUCGGCCAACGUUGUGUGUGCGGGAGUCGCUGGACAGCAUGGCUACAAGAUUAGUUUUCUGCGAUUUGUUCGGACGGGAGUGCCGAUUAUGAUCCUUAGCGUCUUCAUCGCUCACGCUUAUCUGAUCAUCUGUCAUUUUGUGUUCGGUUGGCAUUGAGGUUUUCCGACUAUACUGACAUGCAGCGCCGUGUGACAUCGUGAUCCAGGUUAUUUCCAGUUUUGUUUUUAUUUUAGUUUUUUCAAUUUGUAUUGGAAGUGUGGACAUUUAUACAUGUACUGAUUGAAUUUCGGAUUAAAACGUUCCUGAGAUGAUGGGUUA